CCAGUGUCAUCACUGCAGCCACCCUGAUUAAACAGGGUGCAGAGAAGCACACGUUCCCUUUGAAGUGUGGCCGUCAGCUGCCAAUUUCUCUCCCCUCCACAGUUGUUGAAUAGCAGGAGCUGAUUUCAUGAGUGGUUUUAGCCUGCAUAUGUUCAGUUGAACUGAGACAGUUGCUAGGUUUUGAUGAGACACAGAAAAUCCUGCUGACUGAACUCUCCCUGCUGCUGCCAAUUACAUGCUGCCCUGUGGAGCUGCCAGCACAGCCUGCGCUGCACAGUCAGAGUUUGAUAGCAGACUGUGGGGUGCAUCCACACUAUGGAACAGUGUCUUAGCAGGAUGAGUCACCCAGCAGCCCCAUAACACUAAUGCACUUAAAAAUAUAGCAAUGUUCUUCUUGCUAUAGAUUUUGUGUGAUUAUUUUUCAUUCUUCAGAUAUUCCCAUCACAUUAUUGAAAGCAUUAUGCUGUGAAAUUUCAGGCUGUAAAAUGCUUUGAUUAAAUUAAGACAUUCUGUUGAUAUGUGCAAAAGUUCCAUGCACAACUUUGUUCAUGAAGGUUUAACCCAAAUCCCACCUGUCAUAUGCCCAUAGUGAUGAAUAUCAUUUCAUUAUUAAUACUCUCCACUCCAAACUUACAGAGAGCAGCUCAACUCAGAGCUGAAUGUCUGUUACACUCCUGAUGAGGAGUAAAUUGUUCUCUUUCUCUCUGACAGGGGAGGAGCACCGUCUCUCAGAGCUGAGGAUUGUGCUGCUGGGGGGGAGACGGAGUGGGAAGAGUUCAGCAGGAAACACCAUCCUGGGCAGAGAGGUGUUUGAGUCUGGAAUAAGAACUGCACAGUGUGUAAAGAGACAGGGUGAAGUAGCUGGGAGACAGGUCACUGUGGUCGACACACCAGGCUGGUGGAUGAAUAUUUCUUUGAACGACACUGCAGAGCUGGAUAAACAGGAGAUUGUGUGCAGUGUGUCUCUGUGUCCCCCGGGACCCUGCGCUCUCUUCUUGGUCAUUGAUGUGAGCUCAGCUUUCAGAGAUAUAGAGAAGAGAUCAGUGGUGGAACACCUGGAGCUUCUCAGUGACAGAGUCCGGAGACACACUAUAGUGCUGUUCACCAGGGGAGACUGGCUGGGAGACACAACCAUUGAGCAGUGCAUUGAGACUGAAGGGAGGGCCCUCCAAGAGCUCAUAGAGAAAUGUGGGAACAGGUAUCAUGUUCUCAACAAUAAGAACAGGGCUGAUGGGACUCAGGUCACAGAGCUGCUGGAGAAGAUAGAGGAGAUGAUGGCAGGGCAUGGAGGCUCUCUCUAUGAAGUAGAUAGAAUGCUCUUACAGGAGGUGGAAGAGAAGAGGAGGGCAGUGGAACAGCGAGUGAAACAGAGGAUGACAAAGGUUCAGAUGCAGAGAAAGACUCUCAGAGCCAUUUUUGAGGGUACGUUUUUUCAUUUAUUGAAAUUAUUUUUUAGAGGAAUUUCAGUAGAAUAUUUACAUUAAUCAUUACUGUCUUGAAUCAUAUUCCAUUGAAGUGUUUUACCAAUGAAAAGUGUUACUCCAGAGAAAGCUGUAUAUCUGUCUUUAUUUUCUCUUGACGUUCCUCUGUGCUGCAUAAUGAGGUGAGAGUGGGUUCUUAAAGAGGCCAAUUUGUACAUUUAAAAAUGUGGGAUGCUUUAAUUUAUUUUUGUUUUAAUGAGGGCCAAACAGAAAGGUUGUAGUCAUAAUUUAAAAAUCAUUUUCAGUGUAUUGUUUCAUUUUUUCACAGUUUGCAAUGCCCAGUUUUAUUCAUAAUCCAGUCUUAUUUCUGCAGCCACACAGAUUAAACAGAGUGCAGAGAACCACACAUUCUCUCUGGAGUGUGAGCAGCCAGCUGCCAUCCUCUUUCACCUCCUGACUUGUUGAGUAGCAGGAGCUCAUAUCAUGAGUUUGUUUAGGCUGCAGACGCUCAGUUGAACUGAAACGGUUGCUAGUGCUUUGAUGAGACACAGAAAAUCCUGCUGACUGAACUCUCCCUGCUGCUGCCAAUUACAUGCUGCCCUGUGGAGCUGCCAGCACAGCCUGCACUGCACAGUCAGUGUUUGAUAGCAGACUGCGG